AUAAAAGCACCUGACUUUUAACAGAUUCUCAUGACUGAGCUGCUUCAGUUAAUAAACUAGCCAUUUUCCAAUAGUUUUAAAAGAAGUAAAAAAUGACCAAAGAGGACUACAAGAAAAGACUCGUGGUUUUCUUCAGUGAGAAACUAGAUGCUGAUAAAAAUGGAUACAUUUCAUGGGACGACUAUAGAUUAAUGGCUCUGAGAACAACAUUCCAGCAAAACAGUGGUGAAUACAAUGAGGAUAUUCAUCGGAAAUAUUUGACUCACAGCAAACAAAUGUGGGAGAGCCUUUGUAAUGAUUUAGGAGGAAAUAAGGAUGGAAAAGUUCACUUUCAAGAUUUGGUUAAUUUCCUGUAUGACUUAACAAGUAGAACACGCCAUUUCGAAGAAUUGCCCGACUUUCUCCAGAAUUUGGCAAUCGAAGUUUUUCAUAUGGUUGAUAAAAAGUGUGACAUGAUGUGGGACAAAGAUGAAUAUCGGUUUGGUUCUGUCAUUUGGUGCUAUGUUACUGAACUCAAGGAAAUUGAUACUGCUUUUGAUUCAAUGAUGAGUAGUGAUGAUCGCAAAAGAGGUGGAAUAUCUCUAGAACGAUUCAAAGAGUUGGUGACAGAAUUUUUUACUUCUUUGGAUGCAAACACUCCGAGCAGAAACAUUUUCGGUCCGUUGGAUCCAAAUAUGGCUGAUGAAAUUUUAUGCCGAGCUGCUCCUCUCUGUUAAUUGCAAAUAUAUAUGCUAUGAUUUAAUUGCUCUUUUUAUAUUUUAAAUGCACAUAUUUCACGCUUGGUAACAGGAAUUGGCAUGUUUUAGAAAGGGUGUGCGUUAUAUUAUCUCAUUAUUUGUUGUGUUUUGGUUAAAAAAAAAAACAUUGGAAAGAUCUAACUAAUGUGUACUUACAGACAUUAAUUUGCUUACAAGCACAUUAUUUUAUCAAAAGCUUCUUACUUAUAGAUAAGUUUAUCAUAUAUUUAUUUUAUGAAUCUGUAACUCAUAUAGAUCAAAACGAAUUAAUGUAAAUUUUAUACCAAAAUUAUUACAAUACUAUUAUAUAUUAUUUAUAAAAUGCUUAUACUCAGGGGUGUAAUACAAUGUGUCAAAACUGAUAUAUGAGUAAUAAAAUAUGAUAACUGAAAAAAUCUGAAA